ACAAAUAGAACGACGUCUCUUGACGGUGGUGCAAGUACAACCGGCAACAAAAAUCUAACCCAACUUCCUUUUUCUUGUCAUUUAUUUAAAACAACCCGACUCCAAAACGGCAUCGUUACCAAAACAUCCAUCAACCGAACGACGUCGCUAAAUUACGGCACAAAGGCAACACAUACGAAAAGGGCAAAAAGAAAAAAAAAUCUAAGCAAGAUACGAUUUCUUUGUCAAUCUUAACUGAACAAACGUCAUUCGUCACUCACUCUCGGUCGGUCAAUCCUCAUCCAAGAAAAUGUCCCUCUCCAAUCUCACCACCCCAAAGCCGCCGUUCUCCACCGCUGCCGCCGCCGCCACCAAACCACAAAUCUUUUCUUUCCACGUUGGUACAAUCAAAAGACCAAAACCGACCUUCAUAGCAUCAGUUUCUACAUCAUCAACAUCAAACAACAUAGCAUCUCCAGACUGGUCAUUAGAUAGCUGGAAAUCAAAACCAGCAAAACAAUUACCAGAGUAUCCAGACCAACAAGAACUCGAAACAGUACUACAAAGCCUCAAUAACUUCCCGCCAAUUGUGUUCGCUGGGGAAGCAAGGAAGCUUGAAGAAAGAUUGGCAAGUGCUGCUGUUGGAAAUGCUUUUUUACUUCAAGGUGGCGAUUGUGCUGAGAGCUUUAAAGAGUUUAAUGCUAAUAAUAUUAGAGAUACUUUCAGGGUUUUGCUCCAAAUGGGCGUUGUUCUCACUUUUGGUGCCCAAAUGCCCAUCAUCAAGGUAGGAAGGAUGGCUGGCCAAUUUGCAAAACCUAGGUCGGAUCCAUUUGAAAUAAAGGAUGGCGUAAAGCUCCCAAGUUAUCGUGGAGACAAUAUUAAUGCUGAUGCAUUUGAUGAGAAAUCAAGAAGGCCUGAUCCUCAAAGGUUGAUAAGAGCGUACCUGCAAUCUGUUGGCACCUUGAAUCUCCUUAGGGCUUUUGCCACUGGUGGAUAUGCUGCCAUGCAAAGAGUUUCACAGUGGAAUCUUGACUUCGUACUGCAUAGUGAGCAAGGAGACAGAUACAUGGAACUUGCUCGGAGAGUAGAUGAGGCUCUGGGGUUCAUGGCUGCUGCUGGCCUUACUGUUGAUCAUCCUGUAAUGAACACAACAGAGUUUUGGACAUCUCAUGAGUGUCUUCACUUGCCAUAUGAGCAGGCCUUAACCAGAGAGGACUCAACAACUGGCCUCUAUUAUGAUUGUUCUGCUCACAUGCUUUGGGUUGGAGAGAGGACUCGGCAGUUGGAUGGUGCACAUGUUGAAUUUCUCCGAGGUGUUUCCAAUCCACUUGGCAUCAAGGUGAGUGAUAAGAUGGAUCCAAAGGAGCUUGUGAAGUUGUGUGAAAUCCUUAACCCUCACAACAGACCUGGUAGGCUGACGAUUAUUGCCAGAAUGGGGGCAGACAACCUCCGGAUAAAACUUCCACAUCUCAUUAGAGCUGUCAGGCAGGCUGGGCUUAUAGUUACUUGGGUCAGUGACCCCAUGCAUGGUAAUACAAUUAAGGCUCCAUGUGGGCUCAAGACACGACCAUUUGAUUCAAUCAGGGCUGAGCUGAGGGCGUUCUUUGAUGUUCAUGAUCAAGAAGGCAGUUAUCCCGGAGGAGUCCAUCUGGAGAUGACAGGACAGAAUGUGACAGAGUGUGUUGGGGGAUCAAAGACCGUGACUUUUGAUGACUUAAAUUCCCGGUACCACACACAUUGUGACCCUAGGCUGAAUGCAUCACAGUCGCUAGAGCUGGCAUUUGCCAUAGCUGAGAGGUUGAGGAGGAAAAGGUUAAGGUCUGGUGGUAGCAUCCUUAGUGGGCACAAAAUUAGUGGAUCUAUGUAAUAAGAUGCUGAAAGUUUUGGCUGUGCUGUUUUUAAGUCAUUACAGAACUUGGUUUCGUCCGUUCUUUAUGCAUUUGUAAAUUGAAGUAGACUCCUCCCUGGUAAACAAUUUUUUGUUUAAAAGAGGCCUCUUCUUGGCCUUUUUGACUA